AUGCUGGAGAUCGGGCUCAAAUACGGCGACUCGCUGAAGCUCUGGAAGAAGGCGUUUCCGAGAGGCAGGAUCUACGGGAUUGACAACGGAGUCAUUUCAAUGAACUACCAGGCAGAGGCGGUGGAUCCUCGGGUGUUGGUUAUGAUGGGCGACCAGGCGAAUGCGACGUUUUUGCAGCAAGUGGUGGCUGAGAUAAGGAGCACGGUGGGUCUGCUUGACUUCAUAGUGGACGAUGGUGGUCACACCAUGGAUCAGCAACAGACAUCCCUCAAACACCUUCUACCGCUGGUCAAGGUACGUGCUGCCACUGGUCAAGGUACCUGCCAUUGCUGGUCAAGGUACGUGCUGCCACUUGUCAAGCCAGGAGAGACAAGUACAUAA